GCUCGUAACUCUUCAGAAUUCCCUUCAAACCUUAAGAUCUUUCUACCUCAAGUGUGCAGAGGACAACAUUGGCUUUUGUUUUCACGCCGUCGUAUAAGAUCACUGCGUCCUCUUCUACAAGUAAGAGGGAUAAUCUGGGCGGUUUGUUAGUUGACAGAGAGAAACAAUGGAGCUCUUCUAUUUCGUGGUGUUCGGUGCAUUGGGAGCGGUGGUGGCAGCUCUAGAGCUGAGCAAGAACAACAAAGAUCGAAUCAACAGUUCACCUGCCUUCAAUUCCUUAAAGAACAAUUACCUUGUUGUUUACUCUCUCAUGAUGGCUGGAGACUGGCUGCAGGGUCCAUAUGUUUACUAUCUUUACAGUACAUAUGGCUUUGGAAAAGGGGAGAUUGGACAGCUUUUUAUUGCUGGUUUUGGGUCAUCCAUGUUGUUUGGUACAAUUGUUGGAUCUCUAGCUGACAAACAGGGACGAAGGAGGGCAUGUGUUACUUACUGCAUAACUUACAUUCUUAGCUGCAUCACCAAGCAUUCUCCUCAAUACAAAAUUUUGAUGAUAGGUCGUGUUUUGGGAGGUAUUGCCACCUCCCUUCUGUUUUCAGCAUUUGAGUCGUGGCUUGUUGCUGAACAUAAUAAGAGAGGCUUCGAGCAACAAUGGCUGUCACUAACAUUUUCUAAGGCAAUAUUUCUUGGAAAUGGUCUUGUUGCCAUUUUGUCUGGGUUGUUUGGGAACCUACUUGUUGAUUCAUUAUCCCUUGGACCUGUGGCUCCUUUUGAUGCUGCUGCGUGUUUUCUUGCUAUUGGAAUGGCCAUUAUUUUAUCAUCAUGGACUGAGAAUUUUGGAGAUCCCUCGGAAAAUAAGGACCUGCUUUCCCAAUUUAAGGGUGCUGCUGUAGCAAUAGCUUCUGAUGAAAAAAUUGCCUUGCUGGGUGCCAUCCAGUCUCUGUUUGAAGGUUCAAUGUACACCUUUGUGUUCCUUUGGACUCCUGCUUUGAGCCCCAAUGAUGAGAAUAUCCCUCAUGGUUUUAUUUUUGCCACAUUCAUGUUGGCUUCUAUGUUGGGAAGUUCCCUUGCAUCUCGAUUGAUGGCUCACUCGUCACCCAGGGUAGAAAGCUACAUGCAGAUUGUUUUUGUAGUUUCCUCGGCCUCUCUCUUGCUUCCAAUUAUAACUAAUUUUUUGGUGGCACCUCCUGAAGUGAAAGGUGGAAGCAUCUCGUUUGCAGGUUGUCUACAGCUUCUUGGCUUCUGUACUUUUGAGGCAUGUGUUGGGAUAUUCUGGCCAUCCAUUAUGAAAAUGAGAUCCCAGUACAUCCCGGAGGAGGCUAGGAGCACCAUUAUGAACUUUUUCCGCAUUCCUCUCAACAUCUUUGUCUGCGUUGUGUUGUACAAUGUUAAUGCAUUUCCCAUCACUGUUAUGUUAGGUAUGUGCUCGAUCUUCCUCUUUGUGGCAUCUAUCUUGCAAAGACGGCUGAUGGCAAUCUCAGACAAGCCGAAGAUUGAAAAUUGGACAGCUAUGAAGGAAAGGGACACAGAGGCAGAGCCACUAAAUGAUUGAGUCUACAGGCCUGGGUUCUUGGUAGGUUGAAAGCAACAACAUAACCAAUUCCCCAUGCAGUUGCAGUUGAUGAUCGGAGAGUUUGUACGUUUGGUUUCAUGGUAAUGAUUACAAUUUUGUUAGAAAAUAGUAGUCUCUGCUCAAUAAAGAAGAUGUGGGGUCUUUUUAGUCUUCAUGAUUUGUUUUGGGCAUUAAAAAUAGUGGAGUAAAUACCAAGUCUUUCCGAAUC